UCUGUUUAGAGCGGACCAGACAGCACAGCUUUUGGUUGGUAUCUUCUGUGUGAAGCGCUGGAGAUUAAAUAUUCAUCUCGAAUUUUAACGUUUCUUCCGAUACUCAUUGGAGUUUAAUCUAAUAUAAUUCUAACUACAAAUAUAGGAUAUACAACUGUCCUCGAAAAGGCCCCAGAAAUGGCAGAAAAUCCAGAACAAAACGAGGCAAAGCAUGACAGCUCAUCAUUCCCUGGAAUGACGGACCAAGAGAAAGAAAUGGCAGCCAGCGCAUAUGAAGCAUUUUCGACUGGGAAGUACGACGAGUCUCUCAAACACCUUGAAGCCCUGCAGGAGCUCAACAAAGAGGACUACAAGAUCGCCAUGAAUAAAGCUGUUGUGGAGUUUUACAAAAGUAAUCAAACUACCACAGGGACUCUGAAACAGACCCUCAUGGCAAUGAAGAACCAGGUUCAUACAUCAGCAGAGGACAUUGAUGGAUUAGAUGAUGUUGAAAAUAGCUUACUGUACUAUAAUCAAGCCAUCAUCCACUAUCAUAUGCGUCAGUACUCUGAAGCCAUCGCCAUGGGAGAGAGGCUCUACCAGUUUUUGGAACCAUUUGAGAAGUUUGCUCAGGCAGUGUGCUUCCUGCUGGUGGAUCUGUACCUGCUCACCUUCCAGCCAGAGAAGGCCCUUCAUCUGCUGGCUGUGCUGGACAAACUCUCUGUACAAGGAAGCAACAAGAACGGCAAAGGAGAGAACUACAGUUCAAACAAAGAUGGAGCAAACCAGAAGGCAGAGUUCACUGCCAUGAUUGAGGCAGCCAAAUCAAAGAUGCAUCAGUACAAAGUGAGAGCCUACAUCCAGAUGAAAUCUUCCAAGGCCUGUAAAAGGGAGAUCAAAUCAGUGAUGAACACAGCGGGGAACUCUGCACCCUCACUCUUCCUCAAAAGUAAUUUUGAGUACCUGAGAGGAAACUACCGGAAAGCAGUGAAGCUCUUGAACAGCUCCAACAUCGCAGAGCAUCCUGGACCCAUCAAGACGGGUGAAUGUGUUCGAUGCAUGUUCUGGAACAACCUGGGCUGCAUUCACUUUGCAAUGGGGAAACAUAACCUAGGCAUUUUCUACUUCAAGAAGGCACUGCAAGAGAACGACCACACCUGCGCACAGCUGGGAGACAGCAGCAGCGGGCAAUCUAAGAAGUUCACAGGCAUCCCCAUGUGUGCUUUACUUGCCAACAAGCGCUAUGAGCUGCUGUAUAACUGUGGUAUUCAGCUGCUGCACAUUGGCAGGCCUCUAGCAGCGUUUGAGUGUCUGAUGGAGGCUGUGCAGGUUUACCACUCCAACCCCAGACUGUGGCUGCGACUGGCAGAGUGCUGCAUCUCUGCUAACAAGGGGGGGUCGGAGCAGGAGAGCAAAGGUUUACCUUGUAAAAAAGGUAUAGUUCAGUCUAUUGUUGGGCAAGGCUACCAUCGCAAGGUCAUCCUGGCAUCCCAGUCUACUCAGAAUACUAUCUACAGUGAGGGCCAGUCAGCAGCCAUCCCAGUAGCCAGUAUGGAGUUUGCAGCCAUCUGCCUCAGAAACGCUCUGCUGCUGCUGCCUGAACACCAGCAACAGGACACCAAGACAGAGAAUGGCUCCAAGUGCUCCAGUCAGUCAGGGAGCACUGAGAGCGGCAGCGAGAACAGUGAUGCCUGCAGUGGGAAAGGUCAGGAGGCUGAUAAGUUCCUGUCUGCAGCUCCAUCGUCUCCUCUCAGAAAACAGGAGGUAGAAAACCUCAGGUGCUCCAUCCUGGCCUGUAGUGCAUAUGUGGCAUUAGCACUGGGAGACAACCUGAUGGCUCUACACCAUGCUCAGAAGCUGCUCAAUCAAACCAAGGUGUCUGGAUCCCUCAAAUUUCUGGGUCACCUCUAUGCUGCUGAAGCCCUCAUCUCAUUGGAUAGGAUUUCUGAUGCUAUAGCUCACCUCAACCCAGAGAAUGUCAGUGACGUAUCAAUGGGAGUGCUGAGUAGCGAGCAAGAUCAAGGGUCUGACAAAGGAGAUGAGGCUGAGUCCUCAGGGAAACAGACCCCCCUGUGUUACCCCAGCAGUGUGACAUCAGCUCGAGCCAUGAUGCUCUUCAACCUCGGCAGUGCAUACUGUUUGAGAAGCGAAUAUGACAAGGCCCGGAAGUGCCUGCAUCAGGCUGCGUCUAUGGUGAACACCAAGGAGAUUCCACCUGAAGCCAUCCUGCUGGGAGUCUACUUAGAGCUACAGAACGGAAAUACCCAGCUGGCCCUGCAGAUCAUCAAACGGAACCAGCUGCUGCCUGCAGUGGUCCAGAGGGUAUCCCCAGACUCCCGAAAGAAGCCCAUCCAGCCUUUCCAGUCUGUCCAGCCCAUCCAGCUACCCUCAUCCUUCACACAAGUUCAGCGCAAAUGAGUCCUCAUAGCCACCUCUUAUUCCCCUACUCCACACACACACACACACACACACACACACACACACACACACACACACACACACACACACACACACACUCACUCACUCCUGAGGAGCCUUGAUAUUUAUAAAGCCUCAACAACAGGAACCGUGUGAAAUGCAAGUAUGGCUGCUGACUGCUGAAGAGAGAAGAACUUCAGCUGCAGCUGUUUCCGAGGACUGAAAUCAGCUGACUGUUUAUUUCCAUUAGAAUGAGAAAUCUGUGGUUGUCUGGAUAAUUAAAUAAAAUUUUAUUUACUCUA